AUGGUCAAUAGAUCGCUUGAUGUUAACAAGGAUCCAUUUCGACCUAUUGAAGAUUCUGAAGAAAUGUUAGGUCCUGAAGUACCUUACAUGAGCGCCAUCGGGGCACUUAUGUAUCUUGCAAAUUGCACUAGAUCAGAUAUAGCUUUUGCUACUAAUCUGCUUGCAAGAUACAGCUCAUCGCCUACCAGAAGACAUUGGAACGGAAUAAAACAUAUAUUCCGUUAUCUUCAAGGUACGAUUGAGUUUGGAUUAUAUUAUUCUAGAAACCCCGAGGUUGGUUUAGUUGGUUUUGCAGAUGCUGGCUACUUGUCUGAUCCGCAUAAGGCUCGAUCGCAAACCGGUUAUGUUUUCACAUACGGUGGAACCGCGAUCUCUGGCGUUCCCAAAAACAAACUUUGGUUGCAACGUCUUCAAAUUAUGCGGAAAUCAUUGCUCUCCAUGAAGCAUGCAGAGAGUGUGUAUGGUUGA